CAUGCACAGAAGCAUUCAGGAGAAGAGAAAACAAUCUAAAGUCUCUCGCCUCCCCUGGUCUCUAGCGUGUCCGUGGUCAAGGCAAACCAGGGGAAAUGGAAAUGGGGAUUUACCUGAAAGUUCUUGGUUAAAAAUAAAAUCAAAGACGUCUUGGAAGUCAUGAACAUUUCUGAAAGAUCGCCAAAUUCAGACCUCCCCUACCCUCUCACGCGCAGUGUCAUGGACAAGCGGUCUUGUAUUUUGGUCAAAAGCGGUUGGAACAACAACACUUGGACAGCUAGGUUAUAAGUAUACUUUUCAUAUAAUCUGUUUCGUCCUUAGUAGUGACCUCAAUGAAAAUUAGUGUGUCCGUUUUCAAAACACGAUCCUGUCCAGAUCAUGAUCUGCUGGUCUUCAACUCGGGUGGGAAGUAUUGAACAUUUGACAUUGAAGGGCUGGUCAGUUACUUCACCUGGAAAAUAUAUUAACGCAGCACACCACGGUAGUUUUGCAGUGUAUUAUCUGUGUUUAAAUGUGUUAGAAAUGUGGGACUUAUAUAUCCAAAAAACAGACAGAGCUCAGUUUCACCGACAGGCUUGGUUUGGGCCCGACAUACCCCUGCUUGUUCAACCCUGAACCACGUCGCCGAAGUUUAACUCUGUCCGCGGCUUGGGGCGAAACCUCAGGCAAUUCGCAUUCGUUUGAAGAUGUCCGCUCGUUUUGUUUACCAGUCACAUGACACACCGUCUAGUCUAACAAGAAGUGAGGAGGAUAGAAGAGGCGCAUAGAUGACUUCCUCGCGUAUGGCUCCCUUGCAGUGCGCGGUGUACUGGCGUCUUUCUCUCGUUUUUUUCUUCACGGCCUUCAGCUUUUUCCUCGAUGUCUUCACAGUCCGCAUAGGCUUGUGCGUCUCCAGUGAACCAUUCAAAAGAGGGGAUCGUUUGGACCAGCGCAACCACAGCAACAUAAAGACCGGUGAUGUGAACUUUUCACAUUCAGAAUCACCUACAUCACUCGCGAAGUGGAAUGACACCGCCAACGACAAUAACACAGUGUGUGUGGAUGACGAGGUGCUGUCAUAUGGUCAGACCAUGUACAUGAGUGGACUACUGCUUGGAUCUCUCUUUGGUGGAGCUCUCUCAGACCGGUAUGGGAAGCGCUUGGUCUUCCUUGUGUGUGUGUGUCUGCAUGCUGUGGGAACGGUGCUGCCAGCCGCUCUUCCUCAUGCACUCCUCUACCUCACUGUCCGCUGCCUCACUGGAGUCGCCUGCUGUUGCAUCAAUAUUUGCUCCUUCAGCCUGGGUGUGGAGUGGAGUUUACCCAAGAGUCGCGUUUGGCCCCCGGCCCUCUUGUCUUUCUCCUUCAGUCUGGGAAUGAUGGCCUUGGCACCCCUGGCAUACUGCUUGCGCUCCUGGGUGCAUAUCCACCUGGCUCUGGGCCUGCCACAGCUGCUCUGCCUGCCGCUCUACAUCUGUAUACCUGAGUCUCCACGCUGGCUCCAACUGAGAGGAAAAACAGACAUUUUGGAAAAGUACAGAAGACACAGUUUAGAGGAUAAACUCUGUCUGGACCAGCUGCUGGACACGGCAUGGAGUAACCCACGGAAUCCUGAGGAGAAAGUGCACACACCUGAGACUGACACACACACAGCUGAGACUGACACACACACAGCUGAGACUGACACACACACAGCUGAAACUGACACACACACAGCUGAAACUGACACACACACAGCUGAAACUGACACACACACAGCUGAAACUGUGUGUUCCCACCUCAGCAGUCGCACCAUCCUACUGCGUCUGUGCAUCAUGAGUUACAUUGGCUUGGCGUCUGCCCUCACCUACUUUGGGAUCUGUAUGAACGUGGGCUCGUUCGGAGUGGACGUCUACCUCGCCCAGUUUUUCUCCGGCCUGUCAGAAACGCCCUGCAUGCUUGUCCCCUUCCUAUUGGCUCGUUGCGGACGGCGCCCAAUCAGCAUGCUCUCUCUGCUCCUCAGUGGCUUUGCCUGUCUGAUGUCUCUCCUGGUGUCCCACUUCUGUGAUAUCCCUGCACUCGUCAUGACUCUGGCUAUGAUGGGGAAGCUGUGCAUGCAGAUCACAGUGUUUGUUUCACUGCUCUACAGCAUCGAACUGUUCCCUACAGUCAUCAGGCAGAAGUGUGUCGGCCUGGUGAAUUUGUGCUACCGUGUGGGAUGUAUUUUAAACGCAGUUGUCAGUCCGAGAGGAGAGAUCCCAUUGGCUGCCAUGAUUGUGUAUGGGAGUGGUCCCAUCAUUGGGGCGGGCCUCUGCCUGUUGCUACCGGAGACCAGUGGCCUGCCACUUCCUGAUUCAGUGGAAGACUGUGACAGACAACCCAGCCUCCAGCUAUCCACACUGCUGUGGCUCCGGGCGUGUUGUAGGAGGCACUCCUUAGAGUCCCUGGGCGAAAAGGCAACACCGUUUCUGGAGAAGAAGGACCCAGAAACUGCAAAGUGGGAAGGAAACAAUGUCUUUACUUACCCUACAGAGACACACACACCCCUCACUGCCAUUUCUGCAGUUUGAGUUAAGAAACUAGCAUACACGUCAAGAAAACCAUCUAUCUCUCGCACGCACAUUUGCACAAACAAAUCAUAUUCUGCACAUUGUGACUUUCAGUAAGCAGUAAGACUUCAGUUCUCAAGUCUUUUAAAUUAGAUCUUAUUUGUAUUGCCCUUUUUACAAGCAAUGUCACAGAGGGAUUCUCUGUGUCAGCUGAAGUCACUGAAGGAAAAGUCACCUUUUUAAGAUAGAAAUUAUUGCCUGUAUUGUACAUAUAUUUUUAAUAAUGCGGGUAUUUAAUAACUUGGUAAGAAGCACAUUUUUGUAUUUGUGGAUGUAUUUGUGUUCUGUUCUUAGGGUUCCUUUCAUUGAUCUCUAAAACUACUGACUCAACUUACUUGAAUUGUGCAAAAGUGAGAAACCAUCCAUGAAAAACAGUAUUAUGAGGACGUAUGAAUAGGGAAUGUUUGCUUGUGGGGAGAUUCCUAUAUUCAGGAAGUGAAGUUCAUUUUUAGAUCAUUCAUACAAUUCUGGAGAGUAUGUUGGUAUGAACUCACUCUCAGAGUUUUAUAUUGGUGCCAGAUGUUAUUUGCUGGAGGAUGUGAUAGAAUCAGGAAUGUCCCCCUGCAAAGCCCAAAAGAAUAAA